UCUCCUUGAAACUUAAUCCGAAGAGACAGAUGGCGGCAUCCGAUAAGGUGGAGGAGACCGUGAUAGUAGGCAACUACGUGGAAAUGGAGAGCAUCGAAGCCAAGGCCACCGAUGUCAAAACCAAGCUCUCCAAGCUCUUUUGGCAUGGCGGGUCUGCUUACGAUGCUUGGUUCAGCUGUGCUUCAAACCAGGUUGCUCAAGUUCUUCUGACUUUGCCAUAUUCGUUUGCCCAACUGGGGAUGGUGUCCGGAAUUCUGCUGCAGCUCUUCUAUGGCUUGAUGGGAAGCUGGACGGCAUAUCUCAUCACCUCCCUCUACCUUGAAUACAGAACCAGAAAAGAGAGACACAAAACUGACUUUAGAAACCAUGUCAUCCAGUGGUUCGAGGUUCUCGACGGGCUAUUAGGCAAGCGGUGGAGGAACGUGGGCUUGGCAUUCAACUGCACAUUCCUGUUGUUCGGCUCGGUAAUCCAACUCAUAGCAUGCGCCAGCAACAUAUAUUACAUAAACGAUAAGCUUGACAAGAGGACAUGGACGUACAUAUUCGGAGCCUGCUGUGCGACCACAGUAUUUAUUCCAUCGUUCCACAACUACAGAAUUUGGUCAUUUUUGGGCCUCGCCAUGACCACUUACACUGCUUGGUAUCUCACCAUAGCCUCCUUCCUCCAUGGCCAGGUUGAAGGAGUGAAGCACUCGGGUCCGACCAAGGUGGUCCUGUAUUUCACGGGGGCCACGAACAUUCUGUACACAUUUGGGGGACAUGCUGUAACUGUGGAAAUUAUGCAUGCGAUGUGGAAGCCAGAAAAAUUUAAGAGCAUAUACUUAGUGGCUACGGUGUAUGUGGUCACACUGACACUGCCUUCGGCGGCGGCUGUUUAUUGGGCCUUUGGAGAUUUGCUUCUUAAUCACUCCAAUGCCUUUGCCCUUCUCCCUAAAUCUCCCUUUAGAGACAUGGCUGUUGUCUUGAUGCUUAUCCACCAGUUUAUAACGUUUGGGUUCGCAUGCACGCCGUUAUAUUUCGUUUGGGAGAAAGCCAUAGGAUUGCACGAUUGCAAGAGCUUAUGCAAACGGGCGGCGGCUAGAUUGCCUGUGGUCAUUCCCAUUUGGUUUCUGGCCAUUGUCUUCCCUUUCUUUGGCCCCAUCAACUCUGCUGUCGGUUCGCUCCUCGUUAGUUUUACUGUCUACAUCAUCCCUGCCCUCGCUCACAUCUUCACCUUCAAAUCGACUACCGCCAGAGAGAAUGCUGUAGAGCAGCCACCAAAAUUUGUGGGUGGAUGGGUGGGAACCUGUACGAUUAAUGUGUUUGUGGUGGUGUGGGUCUUGGUGGUCGGGUUCGGGUUCGGUGGAUGGGCAAGCAUGACCAACUUCGUAGGACAAAUUAAUACCUUUGGUCUCUUCGCCAAGUGUUAUCAAUGUCCACCUCCUCUCCCACCAAUAAUCCCACCGUCACCACCACCACCGCAACUUCAUAACUCCACGGCUGCUGCCCCGCCUUCGCUCCACCAUCGUAACCACCACCAUUGACCGUGUUGCCAACCAUCGUACUAGAUGUGUGAGCCUCUUUCACGUCAUCUAGACACUGUCACACAAAAAUAGAAAUUAGGUUUUGUUUGUGAUUUUCCUUUGGCCAAGUUCGACAUUGUAGCUCUGAUUCUCAGCA